AGCAUUAGCUCUGUGCUGCAAGUCUUCCUUUGCUGUCUGUGGCACAUCGAUAACUUCAUCAUAAAUGCCUGAAUUUUGUGCAAUGAGGAGAAAUGAAGAUCUGGUGCAAAGCCUUUUGAAACUGGUGGGAAUGUAGCUCAUUUCCUUGCUGUGUGUGCAGCCAGACUGGGUGGCCCCGUGUUGUUCCCGGGAUCCCUGCUGCAGCGGAAGCAACCAAAGGACGGCACUGUGCCUUUUGGCACUUCUGAUGACCAGAUGGAAUUUCAUUAUUUGCUGUAUUUUGAAUAGGACGAGGAGAUGUGUCUGAUAAGAUACGUCACUUUGAGAUCACAGAAUGAAAGCAGCAUGAAAUGUUAUGGCAAAGACAGCACAAGAAGACACAAGAAUCUCACAAAUCCUCAAAAAUCAGGUGCUUGGCACACUAAACUUACUGAUCUGUGUAGGAUUUGUGCUGUGGUCCAUUCAUUGAAGAUGUGAAACAACAUCAAGUCUGAGAUUGGAGUUACUGACAGACUGGAGGAAAUUUUAGUCCUUGUGAUGCACGUGGACAUGCUGAAUUAUAAGUAAUUCUAGCUUCUUGUCCCCUCCCCUCCCUUCCCCUCACUCAGCUAUCUCAGGGUUCAUAGAGAUUUCAAUGGUUUGUGUGCCUGUAAGUUUGGAACAGAAGUGACCAAAAAUGGGGGACCAGCAAUUGUAUAAAACUAAUCAUACUGCCAACAACAAUGAGAACUUGUACUACGAACAACACCAAAUGAACUCCCUUCCAUCUCUAAAUCAUAGCUAUGGGACAUCUGUUAUGGAUGCUCCUCAGGCGUCCCCCCUCUCCCCUCCAUUUCCCCAAGAUUCAAGGGACAGUAUAGCUUUGCCUGUAAGUUCAAAAAGUCUUGGGUCGAUGGAUACAUCUAGACAAACCAGUUGGACACAUUCUGGCUCAGGUAACCAUGUCCCAGCGAGGAACAGUUUGAAUAAUCAAAGCGCAAUGUGGAGCCCCCUCGGGCAGGGGGAGUCCCAUGACGGAUACCAAUAUUCUUACCCGCAACCCAGUGAAAACCGAUCGCAAAAAAUUACCAGUGGGGUCCUGCACAAAUUGGACUCCUUUACACAAGUAUUUGCUAACCAAAAUCUGAGAAUUCAAGUGAACAACAUGGCUCAGGUUCUGCACACCGAGUCUCCGAUGGUGGAUAAUUCCGGUGACAGUGCGCUCAGGCAGCUGCUGUCCCAGAAACCGGCGGUUGAGCAACAACCCGUAGCUUCCACCGUACAAAGAUACCAACCAGUGCCACAGCAAACGCACCAGAAUUUUACAAGCACACAGCAAAAGCAACAAAUGCAAGUCAUGCAGCACCAACAGUUGUACUACGACUACCAGCAGCACUUAUCACAGAUGCAGAUGCAUUCUGCGUUCCAGCAGGGACAGGCGCACGUUCCGCAAAUGCAGUCCCAGCAGCUCCUGCCGCAACAGAUGCAGCACUUGCAGCAGCCUCAGUACUACGCUCAGCCGCAGCAGGGACACCAGCGGCUCUCGAUCCAGGAGAUCCAGCAGCAGCCUCCAGCUCGGCAGCAGCGGCAGUGUCCAGUGCAGAUCGCUCAGUAUUACCAAACACAACCUGUCAUGCAGCAGUUACAGCAGCAGCAGCAGCAGAUGCAAUUGCCGCUUCCUCACUAUCACAGGGAACCCGAUCCAAAGACUAUGCAUGAGCCACACCAGUACUCUCAGGAUCCCGGGCAUCCUGUGCAGCUUAUCCAGUUGGGAGCAGUGCCUCAGUAUUGCUUCCAAGAUCCCCACGAACAGUACAGGCACUUGUACCCCCAGAGUUUACUGCAGCAGCAGCAGCAAGAUCAGCAGAAGCAGUACCUGAGUGAGGGCAGAGUGCCAUCCCUGAGCUCCCACAUUGGCCUCACUCCACCAGACACCGCUGAGGAUCCCACACGGCAGGAGAUGAAUUCUGUAGGUAAUGCUGUCCCUCAUCGAACUCUUUUGCCACCCUCGGGUGUUCAUCUGAACAACAAAAGCUCUCAGCAAGACUCUCCCAGCACCACGUGGCCUCAGCAGGUGCAACUAUCAGAUGGCAGACUGCAGCCACUGUCCCCAGAACAAAGUGGCCAGAACAGAGAAACACUUCCCGAGAGAGCUGAUGCGAAGAACAAGCUAAUGUGUUCAAUAUGCUUGAAGGAAUUUAAGAGUUUGCCUGCUCUAAAUGGUCACAUGAGGUCACACGGAGGAGUAAGAGCAUCUCCCAACUUCAAACAGGAUGAAGGAGAGAAACCACCACAGCAGCCGCUGUCUAAAGAGGUGGAUGGCCUCGCGCCCAUCGUCAUGCCAGUGUCUGUCCCUGUAAAGCUUCUGUCACCUGAGCCCAGCACGCAGCCCUCUGCCAGCACUGCCACAGUCACAGACAAGUCUGCCAACUCUGUGUCAGAUGACGAGAUGCCCGUUCUUGUGAAGAUGACUUACUCUCCACCGUGCAGUCCAAAAGUGGCCAACCCCUGCUCAUCCUCUGAAAUUAGCAAAAAGCCUCAUCCAAGUGCUAUAAAAUCAGAAGAAAACUUCAAACCGUUGCAGGACAAGAAGAAGUAUCGGCACAGACCCGAACCUCUCUUCAUACCUCCUCCUUCCUUCAACCUCAGCAUGCCCCACUCUGGUGCCACUCUGUACCAGAGCCAGCUCCGCUCUCCCCGUGUUCUGGGAGAUCACCUGCUGGACCGGACGCACGAGCUGCCCCCCUACACUCCGCCGCCCAUGCUCAGCCCCGUCCGGCAGGGCUCUGGUCUCUUCAGCAGUGUUCUCACCUCUCACAGCACAUCUCACGCCCAGCUGCCCCUCACUCCACUGACACCCACUCCACGGGUGCUCCUGUGUCGGUCUAAUAGUAUUGAUGGAAGUGUCAUUCCAGUGACGCCUGGGCCGGGAGAACAGACUGUUGAACCGCGAAUCAAUAUUGGGUCCAGGUUCCAGGCUGACAUUCCUGAGCUGCAGGACAGAUUGCUAUUGGAGAAAGAUGUGCACAAGGCUACUUUGGUUUGGAAACCAUGGCCAGAACUGGAGAACAAAGUCUUCCAACAAAGAGUGGAAGACCUUUUAAAUAUGAGCUGUUCCAGUGUGUUACCUGGUGGAGGAACUAACUCAGAAUACGCUUUGCACUCUCUCUUUGAAGCAAAAGGAGAUAUUAUGGUUGCUCUUGAAAAGCUGCUGUUGAGAAAGCCAGUGAGGUUGAAGUGUCAUCCUUUGUCAAAUUACCACUAUGCCGGCUCUGACAAAUGGACUCAUCAAGAAAGGAGACUGUUCAAAGAGGCACUGUCCACCUACAGCAAAGAUUUCAUAUUUGUACAGAAAAUGGUUAAGUCUAAGACAGUUGCACAAUGUGUGGAAUACUACUAUACCUGGAAGAAAAUCUUGCGUUUGGGACGGAAACACAGAACGCGCUUAGAGAAGAAAAGAGAUGAAUGCUUGACAAGUGGAGAAGAGGAAGUGUUAGAGGAAGAUGAGGAGAUGGAAGAAGACAGAAAGGAAGAAAGGGAAAUGCAGAAGUCACCUGACCCACCAGCAAUCUCUCUUGUUGGACCUAUAGAUCUACCUGCUGUUCAGGGUCUUUCACUGUCUUCAUCCUCCUUCAUCUGUGAAAUGCCAAACUGUGGCGCUGUGUUCAGUUCCCGACAAGCGCUGAAUGGCCACGCUCGCAUUCACGGAGGUACAAACCAGGUGACAAAAACACGCUGCACCAUUCCCGGCACGAAGCAGAAAUCUGGUACGCAGAGCGGAUACUGCUCCAUCAAGAGCUCACCUGCCCACAGCACAACAAGCGGCGAGACCGACCCAACGACCAUUUUUCCUUGCAAGGAGUGUGGCAGGGUCUUUUUCAAAAUCAAAAGCCGCAAUGCUCAUAUGAAGACUCACAGACAACAAGAAGAACAGCAAAGGCAGAAGGCUCAGAAAGCUGCUGUGGCAGCAGAAAUGGCAGCCACUAUUGCAAGAACUACUGGGCCAGCUGGGCAUAGUUUGAUCCCCCUGGAUCACAUGAGCUUGGUUAAACAUGUUGAAAAUGUUGGUGACAUUGAUGAUGAUGUUGUUCCAGAUCUGGGUGAUGUCAUGGAAGAGAAUGAAGUUAUGGAUGCUGACCUCUUACUGGAUGAUGAAGAUCCAGAUCUACUGCAGGAUGAUGCUGAGUUGUAAAUAAAGUUGUUUAAUAGACAGCUACUGAGCACACCCUGAAUGGAUCAAUCAGGAAACCCGGACUGCUUGUUUAUUCUCACUGAUUGUAAACUACCUGUUGAAAAUUAUAAUUCUUUUAUCCAGGUCUAGAAAAAAAAAUCUGCUUUUUUUCCCUUUUUUUUUAUUAAUUUGUGUUUUGGGGGAAGAAAUAAAUAAUUGGUACAAAUAUUCUUAUAAGGUGUUUUUAUCUGAGCUCUUUUUGCUGAUAACUUCCAAGACCACUAAUUACAGAAGUUCAUGGUUCUGCUAUCAGUUCCUACCAGAUGGUCCUGGUAGAAUCUUUAGUCUUUAACUCUUCCAGUUUUCAUUUUACCCCAAUUACAAGAAUAAAUUUCACACACUUCUGAUGAAACAUUUUUUUUUGUCUAUAUUGGAUCAUUUCCAGCAUCUUCUAGAGAGUAAAUGUCAUCUCUCUGAAAGAUACGAUUACAUUAUUUGUCUUUGUGCUGCCAUUUUAAGCGAGAUGGAGGAAAAAAAAGAUCUGGUUUAACUGUGAAAGAGUUAGUAAUAUUGCAGUUCAUUUUCAGCUCUGUCUUGGUUACACAGGAUGUUUUAGACAUUCCAUUUAAGCAUGGUUUUGAUCUGCUGAUUUUAAAGUGACCGAAUUUCAAGGAUUGAAGAAGGAAAAUGAUUGUUCUAUUUUCUACAUCCUCUGAUGGGAACACUGAAUCAGGAACACUGCCUUGGUAAUCAGAUUGCACUGGAAAUAUUGUCCCGUGACAAUAAAUCACACUGUGGAAUAGCCAUCUCUGUGGUUUUAGGGGAGUGUGUGUUUGAGCACACACUCAAAGUGAGUUUGCUUGUUCUCUCACAGGCAAACAUAGGGAAGCAUUCUUGCCAUUGGAAAAGAGACUGAUAUGCUUUCAGCAUGUAGGUAUAAUGUGUUAUUCUUGUGCCAUUUUCAGUCUUCUUCAUUACAUCAAAUUCAGCUGUUGUUUAUUUACUAUAAACAUGCUGCAGAGGUGAGUUGAUGUUGCCGUUUAAUGACCAUUUCUCCUCCGUUAGGUUCAGAUCUACAUGCUGGACACCUGACACAUUUUAUAUAAAUUUAGAUUUGGUUCUCUGAUUAAACAGCAUUUGAAAGAAUUGUACGUUGCAGAAUAAAACAAGAAAUGGA